UCCUUUCAUCCUGGGCAGUGGCUCUGAGGCCGCCGUGGAGCUCUGAAAGCUGGGCUGGGGAAGGAAGCCUGCUGGCUGUGACCUGCCCCGGAGGCGCAGGAGGCCCAGCCAUGACACCCUUAACAGACGUGAAGGAGCCCCGUCCUCUGCCUCUGCUCCCACUUCCCUGGGUCCUCCCCAGCCUGUUUGCCGCCUGCAGUGUGGCGCUGCUGGUCUUUCUCAGCGGGCUCUUCUUCGCAUUCCCUUGCAGGUGGCUGGCUCAGAAUGGGGAGUGGGCCUUUCCUACGGUCACAGGCCCCCUCUUUGUCCUCACCUUCUUCAGCCUUGUUUCACUCAACUUCUCAGACCCUGGCAUCUUACAUCAAGGCUCCGCUGAGCAGGGGCCCUUGACAGUGCACGUGGUGUGGGUGAACCACGGGGCCUUCCGCCUGCAGUGGUGCCCACAGUGCUGCUUCCACCGCCCGCCCCGGACCUACCACUGCCCCUGGUGCGAUGUCUGUGUGGAGGACUUUGACCAUCACUGCAAGUGGGUCAAUAACUGCAUCGGUCACCGCAACUUCCGCUUCUUCAUGCUGCUCGUCCUGUCCCUGUGCCUCUACUCGGGCGCCCUGCUGGUCACCUGUGUCAUCUUCCUGGUGCGCACGACCCACCUGCCGUUCUCCACGGACAAGGCCGUCGCCCUCGUGGUGGCGGUGACCGCCGCGGGCUUCCUGGUGCCGCUGUCCCUGCUGCUGCUGAUCCAGGCCGCGUCCGUGAGCUUGGCCGAGCGCACCUGCGAGGGCAAGUGCAGGCACCUUCAGGGAUACAACCCCUUCGACCAGGGCUGCACCAGCAACUGGUAUUUAACAAUCUGUGCGCCACGGGGCCCCAAGUACAUGGCUGAAGCUGUCCAGCUGCAGACAGCGGUGGGGCCUGACUGGACACCCAUGCGGAACCUGCACUCCCCUACGUGCCCCCCAGCCUGCCCUCCUCCAGCCCCAGCCUCUGGGUCCCUACAGACCAGGGAAGGGGCCCCCAGGGAGUGGUGAGGCUGCAGCUCUCCAGGAGCUUCACACGGGCCCAGUGCUGCCCAUGCUGCCGGAGGGCCCCAGGCGAGGCUCCGCCUUCCUC